AUGGCUAAACACCUGAUCAUUGCCAGGGCUGUGAUGGUUCCGGAGGGGAACGUGCAAGGUGCAUAUAGGACCCUGAAUCAAAUCCUCACUACUGACCGGCUUACUGAAGUCAUACAGCGAAGGCGCUGCUAUGAGAAACCCUGCCGCCGCCGCCAGCGGGAGAGCUAUGAAACAUGCCAGAGGAUCUGCAACAUGGAAAUGGCUCGAAAAAUUAACUUCUUGAUGCGGAAGAACCGGGCAGAUCCAUGGCAGGGCAGCUAA